CAAUGACAAAGCGACAAUUUAAUUUCGCCUGCGAAAUUGUCAAAACAGUCUGUCGACUAACUGGAUAGUCAACACAAAUUUAAGUGAAACGUGCAAUCACUUCCGAAUGGAUCUGUGGUGAAACAUCACACUUCUAAAGCCAGACUGGUUACAUUUAUUAUGAAUCACUCUAAGAUCAGUUGCAACGGUGAAAAUAUGCACAAACUGAACUGAGGUCACGAUUAACCAUGAAUAAAUUCCUAAUAACAUAACAUAUUCAUCACUGGUUGAUGAGUGUUUGUUACUUUGUGGGUUGCUCAUUGUUGGUGUGCAAUGAACUAUUCUUAUUUUAUGCACGUCGCAUUUCAUUGCACGUUAAGUUUAUGUUCAGUAAUCUCAUCUUAGUCACAUGCUUCAACUGUCACUUCCAUGUGUCUCAUGUUUGAAUGUUCAAUCAAACAUUCACAGUAUUAAUAUUGUCAAUAUAUGUGAUGCUUCUAUUCUUCGUACAACAUCUCGUCCACACAUCAUAUUCAUUAUUCAGCUAAACAUCAAAUUGCAUGAUAUGUUGUUUACUCGAAAUUCAUGUAUUGAUUAUUUUAGGCUACCACAUCAUCAACAACAUUAUGUUCAGUGUGUAUUACUGCAUAGACAAAAUAAUGUGAUUCGCAUGUGUCCACCAUCCUCCAAAUCUAUCAUUCACAACACUCAUGCCAGUAGAGUGUGUGACAAACACACGCGAAUUUAACCUUGUCCUACAACCCAUCAUUAGAUAGAUAGACGGGAUUGUUAAAUCGAUCUUUCUAAUAUUUUGAUUGAUCGUUUCGAAUUUAUAUGUAUUUCUGUAUGCAGUUUGUCAUAUUUCUGUUUGCACUUUUAUUUCAUGUGCUGCACACAAAUGGAACUUGUUUGUUCAUGUGUUUCAUAGAAUAUCAAUGUGCACUAUUUCAAAUAACAAAUUUCAUCUCGUGUCAAUAUAGUGGUUAGGAGGUUGAGUGCACAACAUUGCGCACCACCACCACCACCAACAACAACAACAACAUCACCACCAACACUCCAGAUUCACAUACUGUCCAUCUGAGUGGCUACACUUCUGCGACAAUGCAAAGUCUUCUCAUCAGUAGUUUAUAUGGAUAAUUGAGCUUGGAGUUUCUGCUACAUUAUAAUAAUUAGUGGAAUCAACAUACAGACAAAUUGCUGAUAAGAUUUUCCAACAACUAUCGAAUUGAAACGGGCAAAUGAUUAGUAGUUGACAGAAAACUAAGGUGUAAAUUAAAUCUGUCUUCAAAUUUAAUGUUUCAUCAUCGAAAUGUUGUUCGAGGAAUAAGCGCAUCAGAAUGCGUGAGUAUUUUGACGAGAUCGAAAUCACGAAUGUUUGACUAACCAAUCAGACAUGAGACACGUUAAAUCAAGCAUGCAGACCAGUGACCAAAUACAAUAUAGAUACCAGACACAAGCAAGCAGACACAAGCAAGCAGACACAAGCAAGCAGACACAACUAAGCAAACACAACUGACAUUCCACACUACACACUACACACCACAAACCAACAAGCAUUACCUGACUGUCUACUAAAUCACCAACAAGCUAACAACAGUCAACCAAUAGUAAUUCAGUGCAUAGGAUAUACGAUUGGUGGUAGAAAAUUCUCAACAUGUCACCUGUCUGUCUCACACCCUCAUUCAAAAUAUUAUUUCUCUUCAUUUCACAACCACAAAACAGGUUGCUUGAUUAUGAUCAAUACAGCUCGGAAGUCAGCUUGUGCAUCAAGACAACCAUCAACACCAACACUAACACCGUCGAAAGAGACCACAGUCACACGAUACACAACUGAGGAGUCGAGUGAAUUAACCGAAUUGAUAUUGAGAUAUCGAGGUGUUUGGAAAGACAAGAGUCGUCCAUCCACACUUCUUCAGAAACAAUUGUGGAUGCAAUUCGCACAUUACUUACACUCGAAGGGAUGGCCGAGAAGAAACUGGACUCAUCUGCGUCGAAAGGGUCUGCACAUGCUGAAGAAACUCAAUAACACGACAAUCAAUCAGUGGGAAGUGUCGAAAAGCAAUCCCAAUUCACCUGAAAAUCCCUCCAACCACACGUCACUCUCCAGUUCCAAUGAAAAUCGACACGUGAACGUGAACGGACAAAGUGACUCGGUGACCGAGAAUCAGUCGAGUGUGCAUCAAAUCAACUUGCCUACACUCACCCCCUCACCAGUGGUAACCACCACCUCCAAACAUCCCACAUCAACACUCAGUCCUCCUACAAACCAUGUGCAACCGAAUCCUCCACACACAACUGGUCCAAAAAUCCUGAACGCAUUCUCAACAGCUCACAUGUCUCAACAACUGGUGAUUCCACAUGAUGCCGGAGUGCUGCAACCAACCACCACCACCAUCAACAACAACAACAACAACACGGUUGGUGAGGUGACGAUCAACCCUAACCGAGUCGCGCUACUGACUCCUCUCCAAUGUGUCUCGUUCGGAGUCGCGAAAACCCAUACUACAGACGUAUCUCCUAUUCAAGAAGUGAAUAUCUCGAACUCACCAUCCAACCAAACGAGUCGCAUUCCUCUGACUGCAACAAUUGAUUUAUCAACGUGGAGUGAGGACGAGGAGAGCUGUUCAGAGUUGAGUGGAACGCGAAAUCAGGCGAACACGAAUGACGUGAAUGAUUUUGAUGAAAAUGCCAAGGAUUGUAUCACAUCCGAAUGUGAGAGAACCCCAUUGUCAGAGAUGUUGAUUCACAAGCAAAUGAAGUGUCUAGAUCUGAAGAUUGAAAUUCUCCAGAUGAAGAAGCAAUAUUGGUCCGAGAAACUGAAUUCAUCAUCGAAAAGCUGAAUGUUUGGUGAAAGCCAAUCUUCACAUGAACUACCAUUGUGAUUGUCAUCAAUUCUAUUCACAUAUGAAUAGUAAAUUCAAUUGUAAAUUCAAUUUAUACAUAUGUAUGUAUAGGUAUUGUGACUGACGAAGAUUGUUCUCCUUUUCAUCAUUAUUGUCUAUUCGUGGUGUGUGUGCGUGUGUGUGAAGUUGUCUGUCAGUUAGUCAUUUUGUUUCGAAUCCAUUUGAAGUGGACUGUUGUUCAAUACUGCUUUGUUUCAAAUGUUCACUACUCUAUUGACUACUCUGUUGCAUACUGUACAUAAUUAAAUUUAAAUGUUGGUUUUGUAAAACUCUUAUUUUGUCUUUGAAUUAAUUUAUGAACGUCAUGGACAAUUGGUUGUGUGGAUGACGGAUGAUACUUGACUUUGAAUACAAAUAUGUUAGAACUUUGUCAAUUUUAUUUCUUAUCAUGAUGAUCAAUUGGUUUGAUUUGUAUUUAUUCUAGUGAUUUCUGUGUAAUUAACUGCUUCAUUGAUAUUUCAUUUAUGAUACAUAUUCGAUAUAUGUGUAGAGUUGAUGUCAACUUGAAAUUCUUGAUGACCACAUGUGACGGAAAUAGGAGAGAAUAAACGGUCUAAUUUGAAUGAUGAUGUCAACGAUAAUAAUAAUAAAAUUAAUAAUGUUGAUGCUUGAUAAAAAUAAAUGUACUUUUGUUAUAUCCCAAUAAGUAGGAUUAUUGUAUUUUUGACGUUUCUUGACAUAUUGUAAAUCACUUCCUCAGAGUAAAUAAAUAACCAAUAUUAUGUUAACUAUAUGAAUUCGGUGUUCAUCUUGUUGUGCUAAAGAGCUAUGACAACUUGACCGAUGCACAUAUGUGCCAGGUGAUACGUUGUAGCUGACUGACUGAAGUUUGAAUAGUAUUAAUGAAUCAGAGACACAGUAGAUUGAAUGUUGUGAACUGGUCGAAAAUGAAGUGAUUCAAAUGAUAAAAAUGAACAAUUUCAUGAAGAUUUCUUUCUUAGAGCAUUGUGUACAUUGGUGAUUGGUAGAAUUUCUUAAAUGAGUGAGUAUUGACCAAUUGAUGGAUAAUGAGCCUUGUCAUUAACAUUAUGCACUCAAUAAUAAACUCUUGUGCAUAUUUUGUGCCGAACAGAUUGACCAAUUACUUUCAUUUUAUAGUUUUCUGAAAGAGUCAGUUUAAUUCAAUAUCAUGGCAAAAACAAUAUUCAAAUAAUUGGUUCAAGAUCAGAUUUCGAAACAUACACAGCAGUAUGAACUGAUCAAUAAUUU